AUGAUAGCAAAUGUAUCGAGUGUUAUAUUGAAAUGCUGCAGUUUGGCCUGUGUGAUCGGUGCUGCUGGCCUUUGGGCCGGAUCGGAAGUCGAUUCCCGGCCGAAAAAAAGGGACGAACAAACCCUCGUUGGAGGAGCUAUUUGGUCGCAAUUAAUAAUACCUCUGGGUCUCAUUAUUUCUAUGGUAGUGGAGGAGGAGUUGUCCACUUUAUUGGUAACAUGUCUGGUGGCUUUUGGAACAUAUUGGUUCACGAAGUACGCUUUAAUGGACGGUCGUUUCCUAGACAAACCAGCUAACAUUACUAAUACACAGAAGAGUAACAAAAGCCAGGAUGGUAGCGGUGAUGGAGGGGGAAGCGGUGACGGCAUGGGCAGUGGAGAUGGAAUAGGUGGUAGCGGCUAUUACGGUGGUAGUGGUCAUGGGGAGAAAUAUCCUGGAACACAUGAAGGAAGACCGGGCGGACCAGGCGUGGCCCCGGGGGGUCAAGAUCUCUACGGACCUGGUGCUGGUCCCCCUGGCACAGCAGACUCACACAUGGUUCCACCUGGGCCACAUAGUCCACCACAGAAACCAGAUAACGAGCUUACGCCAGAUCCAACGCCAGGGCAGGAAUUGUUUUAUUAG